AAUAGCCCACAUAUGUCAUCUUCUUAAACACCCACAUCUAAAGCUUCCGCCAUUUCUCUCUCACUCUCUCUAUCUCUAAAAUCUGUAGAUUGUGGACAGAUCCAAAAAUAUAAUCAUUGUUUUGGCCUCUUCUAUUGAGGAGUUCCUAUUUCACUCUCUUUGUUGUUAGAAUUUCUAAACCUGUCACCCCUCUCUCUCUCUCAUACGUACGUGCACAAGGAGACGGAGAUGGAGCUUCCACAUUUCAGCCAUGAGCAUCGACUGAUCCCCAUGGAAGUGCGAAAGGAAAAAGGAGGCCGAGUUACCUGCUGUGUCGGUUGUCUGAAACCGAUCUUAGGUGCUGCAUAUAGUUGUACUGUUAUUUCUAACACCUCUAAGAGAGCAUGUUAUUUCUUUCUUCACAAAAGAUGUGCAGAACUUCCCGAGGAGAUUGAAAACCCCUUGCACCAGCACCAUGUGCUAUCCCUUCGCAAAGAUAAGGGAGAAAGUAUUGUGGUGAGUUCUACUGCGGCUGUAACAUUUGCACAUUUAGAAUCUGCCUUUCUUGUUGCUCAGACGAGUCAAAUGUGA